AUGAGCUUAACUCAUGUUAGGUUUCAGAAGGCCCAAGUAUUGAUUUUGGAAGUGAAGAUGGAGUUAAGAAGAUUAAAGUAUCUGAAGUAAGGAACCUCCUUCUAUCUUUCUUGGUACUUGAUAUUGAAGAAAUGGCAUGGGCCCCAAAAUAUGGGUUGAAAGGCAUGAUUGAUGCAUCCUUGCGAGUAAAUGUAAAAUUCAACACCUGUAAACAUAAUGAGAUGAUUAUGCCUCUCGAAUUUAAAACUGGGAAGGCAACAAAUGGACAGACAGCUAUGGAACAUAAUGCUCAAGUGAUGCUGUAUACCCUUCUAAUGUCAGAAAGAUCAGACGCAGGUAAAAUCAAGCAUUUGAUUUUGAGAAGGAAUUACUGUUCGAAGAUCUGACUUGGUUGGCCUAAUAAUGCGCCGUAAUGAACUUGCAAAUGAUCUUCUCAAGACCACUAUAACUCAACAACUGCCACCAAUGUUACAGGUAAGGUAUCUCCGUCUCAUCCU